AUAUCCAAUAUCCAUUAAUGUCUAGUUGUGUUUAUAACAUAAACUAGAGCAUCACUCCAUUGUAAUUAAACCUUAUUUUAUAAACCUUGGUUUAUUUUUCUUCUUCAAAAUUUGUGAAACGACGUUGUUUGGUAUCUAGAAGAGGAAGAAAAAAUAAAAAAAAAUCUAAAAUCGAAACGAGACUCUCUCCCUAAGCUCCAUCUCUAAACUCGACGACUCACACGCACGGCACAACCCAAGCGCAAACCCACUCAGGUCCACCGCCGCCGUCCCAAGCCUGUUCCACCACCGUCGUCGCGCCACUGUCAUCGCGAGUUCGCGCACACUAGGUUCUGAUUUCCUUUCAAGCACGAUUUGCUUUAUACGCAUCAGCUUUGAAUUUCAGGGAUUUAAAGCAAAAAUGCUUCCUCAGCGCAUGAAGAAAGCCAUCACUGAUAACCCUAAGAAGCUUGCCAACUUGAUUGACCUCGUCAACCUUCCAUCCACGCUCAGAGAAUUCGUGGGUCAGUCUCAGAUUUCCCGCUUGGGCUGUUUCAAGUGCAUUUGGUCCUACAUCAAAACAAAUAAUCUUCAGGAUCAGAAUAACAAGAAUGUGGUAAACUGUGAUGAAAAGUUAAAAAGUAUUUUGUUGGGGAAACCUCAGGUUGAGUUAGCAGAACUUCCUGCACUUAUCAAGAUGCAUUUUCCAAAAGAGCCCAAAUGAUUGUGAUAGAAAUCAAGAUGUCUGUCAUAUUGGAGAUCCUAGCCUUCCUCAAGAUGAGUCUCAGAAUUUGUUUCCUUUUUCACUUUUUCUGCUUAUACUGUAACAACACAAGUGUAGGAAGCUAGCUAUUGAACCACCAAUUAGCGUUUUAUUUUGCAUGUAAACCAACUUAAAAGGUCCCGUUUCACAGCAUGCUUUUGCCACUUUAAAUUUUGUAAUUAAGAAUUUGUUAUGAGUUUUAGUUUUGAUUUUGUAUGCAUCAAUACUAUGUGUUAUCAUUCAUAGCAAGUCAUUUUAUGAGUCCUUAGAAAUGCUUUUUUUGAAAAGGGAGCCUAAAGGUUACUUUAUCAGAAAGGUUGGAAAAAUUUUAAGAUGUA